AUGUCUCAGAACGAUUUCGGGAUCCUUGCUGUGGAGGUGCACUUCCCUAGAUAUUACGUUACCCACUCGGAUCUCGAGUUGGUUGAUGAUUGCGUUGGCAAGUACACCAAAGGUUUGGAACAAGAAGCCCUCGGCGUUUGUUCAGUCGAAGAAGAUAUUAGUUCAGUUUGUUUGACUGUGGUCUGCAAGUUGAUUGAUCGGUUGAAGUUAGAUCUUCUGCAAGUGGGAUUUUUGGAGGUGGGCACAGAAACUCUGAUUGACAAAUCAAAGUCUACGAAGAGCGUACUCAUGCAGCUGUUUGAACAGUGCGGCAACUUCGACGUCGAAGGGGUGGAUGUGAAAAAUGCAUGUUUCGGCGGCACCGCUGCUCUGUUCCACGCCGUGAACUGGCUAGAGUCAAGUGCAUGGGACGGCCGCCUUGCUUUGGUGGUGGCCGCAGAUAUAGCCGUCUACGGAACGAAAGCUGCUCGCCCCACAGGGGGUGCUGGAGCCGUUGCUAUUCUCCUUGGCCCGAAUGCGCCCCUCGUGUUGGAUUCAGGCCUUCGAGUUCAUCACGUGCAACAUCGGUACGAUUUUUACAAACCCGAUCUCAGCUCUGAGUAUCCGACAGUCGAUGGAAAACUCAGUAUUCAUUGCUAUCGCGAAGCAUUAAUUUCCUGCUACCGAAACUACAAGAGGAAAGUCGCAUUACGCUCCAAUUCAGGUAACCAUGUUAUAACCGUCGCCACUUUUGUUGUAACGCCAUGGUUUGUUACGGUUUCUUAGUCAGGACGGAAGAUUCGGCUUUUGAGGUCUGUACUCCGCACGGAUACAUCGCUGAUGAAAUUCGGAGCGACACACCCUCUAAGACUUUCCGGUUCAACGGUUUUCAAUUUGCUGUACCGAAAUGACACCCCGCACGACUAUUCGCGACUCCAAGACAGUGAUCUUCGGCAGAGGCGCUUAUACAGACAGCCGGAGACUGCGGGCCGGUAACGGUGA